UAUUGCUGUUGCGGCAAUAUUCCGCUAUUGUUGUUGCUGUAUUUGCUCUUAACAUUCGUGUGUGAAAUUCGCUAUAAAACCGUUGCUUGAUUGUCGCACCAACUUCAGUUGAUCGCUGCCAGUGUUGUCGAACGGUUGUCGUUUACCGCUAAUACCAAGUUUCGCGCUAAAAAUCCUACGAAUUUAUUGAACAUUUCUGGCGCAUUACCGUUGAAGGCAGCAGCAACGCUCGAUCGCAAUUCAUAAGCGAGCCAACAUGCAGACCGUUAUUAAAAAUCCGAAUUGGUGGCGUAGACGGACCACGUUGGAACGAUGCCUGGUAUUGAUCAGUAUUAUUGCGUUGAUCGCAGUUGUUGGUCUGGUUAUUGGACUAGUUUCGGUAAUACUCUCUAACCGUUUGGUAGAAGAGCUCAAAGCCACUACCAAUCCACCAGAGGCGCUGCAAGGCUCCACUCGCAACACGGACAAUGAGGUCUUUAUGCCACCACAGAAGAUGCCAAAGGAAGAUGUCUGCCUCUCAGCCGAAUGCAUACAUACCUCGUCGGCGGUGCUGAGCAAAAUGAAGCCGGAAGUCGAACCUUGCGAUGAUUUCUAUCAGUUUGUUUGCGGUACUUACAUUGAAGAGAAUCUAAUACCCGAUGACAAGGAUUCCUUGAAUACGUUCUCUGUGAUCUCGGAUAAAUUACACGAACAGCUGAAGGAGAUUAUUACCGAGGAACGACCAGCCACGGAGCCCAAACACUACCAGCUACCGAACGCGCUGUACAAGGCAUGCAUGAACAAAUCACUGAUUGAGGAGCUGGAUUCCAAGCCCAUUGCAGACAUUGCCAAAAAACUCGGCGGCUGGCCGGUAAUUGAGGGCGACUCAUGGAACGCGGACAACAGCUGGACUUGGCAGGAGACUGUAAAGAAGUUCCGUAAAAUGGGCUUUAGCAUGGACUAUAUUAUUGACUUUUCAGUCAGUGUUGAUUUGAAGAACAGUACAGUUCGCAUUAUUGAUUUUGAUCAAUCGGCUAUUGGCUUGAGUCGCGAAUAUCUAGUCAAAGGUUUCAACGAGACAUUGGUGAGCUCCUACUAUGACUAUAUGGUCGAUAUGGCUGUGCUUUUUGGUGCUGAUAAGGAUGUAGCGAAGCGUGAAUUACGAGAAUCGCUCGAUUUCGAAAUGGCUUUGGCCAAUAUUUCCUGGCCAGCUGAGAAGCGCCGCAACACCAACGAUCUCUACAACAUACGCACAUUGAAGCAACUGCAGGAAGCUUAUCCCUAUGUGCAGUGGGUGGACUAUGUCAACGCUUUGCUGCCGGAAAAAAUCAAUGUGAACGAAGAUGAGCCAGUGAAUCUUUCGGUACCCAGUUUCUUUGAAGAGUUAGGCCCACUAUUGGAGCGCACACCCAAUCGUGUGAUUGCCAACUACAUGAUGUGGCGUAUACACGCCUUUUCGAUCGUUUUCCUCUCGGAGCAAUUCCGCAAGCGUCAACUGCAAUACGCGACCGCUUUGUCGGGCCGUCAGGAGCAGGAGGCGCGCUGGAAGGAGUGUGUCGAUAUCGCCAGUGGCAGCUAUGAUGAUGAGGUCGAAGAUGAAGUAGAUGGCUUGGCCAUUGCCGUCGGUUCGCUGUAUGUGCGCAAACAUUUCAAGCAAGACUCCAAGGCUAUUGCAUUGGAUAUGGUGCAUCAAAUACGCGGUGUCUUCGACAAUAUACUCAGCGAGGUUGACUGGAUGGACGAGGUUACCAAGAAGGAGGCUAAGAAGAAAUUGUAUGCCAUGACUACACACAUUGGCUAUCCCGACGAGAUGUUGGAUAAUUCGAAAUUGGAGGAAUACUAUCGCAAUUUGGAUAUUGAUUCAAGCAAAUACUUUGAGUCCUUCCUGAACAUGAAUGUCUUCGGUACAGAUUACUCGUUCAACAAGCUGCGCUUGCCAGUGAACAAGACGGAUUGGAUGCGUCACGCACGUCCAGCGGUUGUGAAUGCCUACUAUUCAUCGAUCGAGAACAGUAUACAAUUCCCCGCUGGUAUUCUGCAAGGACACUUCUUCCAUGCUGCCCGCCCCAAGUACAUGAACUACGGUGCCAUCGGUUUCGUUAUUGGCCAUGAGAUUACGCACGGUUUCGAUGAUCAGGGACGUCGUUUCGACUUGCAGGGCAACUUGUUGGACUGGUGGGCAGAGGAUACCCAGAAGGCCUAUUUGGACAAGGCAAAAUGUAUUAUUGAACAAUACGGAAAUUUUACGGAUGGACAAACUGGCUUGAAUUUGAAUGGCGUCAAUACGCAGGGUGAGAAUAUUGCCGACAAUGGUGGUGUGAAAGAAUCGUAUCGUGCGUAUCGUCAGUGGGUGGAAAAGAAUGGACCUGAGCCGAAAUUGCCCGGUUUGGACUACACCCCCGAACAGAUGUUCUGGAUCUCUGCUGGUCAAACAUGGUGUGCCAAAUACCGCAAAGAAACGCUCAAAAUGCGCAUCACGACCGGCGUGCACUCGCCCUCGCAAUUCCGCGUCAUGGGCACAUUCAGUAAUAUGAAGGACUUUGCGCGCGACUUCAAUUGCCCCGAAGGAUCCCGCAUGAACCCAGUGCAGAAGUGUGAGGUGUGGUAAAGAAAGCGAGUAAACAGUUAAUAAUCAUGGCACAAACACAUAUAGCCACCUGCACCAACACACACUCACACGGACAGCAGCAAUGAUGUGGACCGUUGUCAGGCGUUGCUUGAAUUCUAUUGGUGUUGUUUUUGUAUUUUCAAAUAAGAAAAAAGAAAUAUGUAAAAUUUGUUUAAUUUAUGUAUGUAUGUAUUUAGCGUUUAGUUGCAAUUUGCUUUAUUUUUGAAGCUGAAUUUUUUUAAUGUAGUGAAUUUCGUGUGCUAUUCGAAGCCAACAACAGUAAAAAACACACACUGUAUGUACCACUUUUCGAUUUCUACACCAAAACGAACAAAAACCACACAAAAUAAAUACGAUGUAAUGCUCAUUGUAAAUUUAUAUGUACUACAUUGUGCUAUGUAAUUAUUAAUAAUUUAACUAAUUUAUCACUUUAUGUAUGUAUUUACUCAUAUAUAUGUGAAAGGACAUUCGUUGGAUUGAGUGAAAUCGAAAGCAGAAAAGCAAAAUAAUGAUUUGGAAAUCACAACAUUUCAAACUAAAAAUAUGUGAAAUUUGAAUAUUUGUUAACUUAUAAGAUGUAAAAAAAUAAUAAAAUAAAACAAAAAAAAUAUAAA